AUGUCUUCAAACAAGAGCGAGGAGAAAUCUCAGGCCGCGGCGGAGAGAAUCAAGGCAGCGGCGUUGACUGCGGCCAAGGGACUGAGCCGUGCACAGGCGGAGCGCGCAGCGGCGGCGGCUGCCAGGAACGUGAACGCGUACGGGCAGAAGGAGGAAGGGCCGAGCCGAUGGCAGGAGAAGAGGGAGGCCAAGCGGCAGAUGUAUCUGAUGAGCACCGAAAAGGCCGUGAAAUUGGGCGAAAGGAAGGAUCUCAAGUCUUCGAGGUCCUCUUCCGGUGGCGCCGCGCAGUGCCAGAAGUGCUUCCAGAGUGGACACUGGACUUACGAGUGCAAGAACGAGAGGGUUUAUAUUUCGAGGCCUUCGCGGACGCAGCAGCUUAAAAACCCUAAACUGAGGGUCGAUGCGCCUGUCGCUUAUGAUUUUGAUUUGGAUGGCGAUGUUCCUGAUGGUGAUGAUAAGGAGGAAAAGGAAAAGAUGAAAAAGAAGAGUUCGAAGAAGAGUGCAAGGAGACGUCGUCGUUCUGAUUCCGAGAAUGAUAGUGAGACUGAUAGUGGCAGUGCUGCAUCCUCUGUUACUGGAUCGGAUUCUUCUUCUGAGAGUAGUUCGGAUUCUGAUUCGGAGGAAGAACGGAGGCGGAGGAGGAGGAAGAAGCAGAAGAAGAGGUCAAGACGCAGCAGGAGGAGUUAUAGUUCUUCUUCAGGAUCGGAGUCUGAUUCAGAUUCUGGUUCUGACUCUGAUUCGGAUGAUAAGAGCAGCCGCAGGAAGAAGAGGCGUAGUCGUAGGCGUUGA